CAUGAGUCUGAUACAGUCCUUGAAUGCUGCGUUUAGCAAACUGCAAAUUGUACAUUGCAAACUGCCUGCCACUUUGACGCAGCAGUUGUCAGAUGAGUCCGCGCUCCAGGGCAUAGGAGUCACUUCUUAAAAACUUCCUAUUAUCUGUUACACAUGAAGGCAAUGACGGUGCAUGGAAAUAAUAUUAUGUUCAAUGUGCGGUAAAAGUACGACCGAAACAGUGACAACCCAGGAGAACGUUUUAAGUAAAGGGCUCCUGGGAUGAUGGCCUCUCGUUGCUGAAGAUGGACAUGGAUGUGGAAAUGAAAGAGGACCUAGGGAGGUCGUGGUCCCUCCUGUCCUGGGUGGCGUCCUGCGUGAUGGUGUUUGGCGGCAUGGUACCAUACAUCCCACAGUAUCUGGAGAUUCAGAGGACCAGCAAUACGGAAGGCUUCUCCACACGUGUCUGUUUGGUGCUGCUCAUUGCCAACAUCCUCCGCAUCUUCUUCUGGAUCGGAAAGCAGUUUGAGCUGACGCUGCUGAUGCAGAGCGUGGUGAUGAUCGCCACCAUGCUGGCCAUGCUGCAGCUCUGCUGCAACGUCCAGGGAACCAACCGGGUCGCCACCAAGCAGCACCACUUCACAGAUCUGGACCUGCGCUACUUCUGGAGCUGGAGCCGCUUUGAAGACUACCUCCUGUUCUGCUUCGUCUUCAUGGUGUUCUGUGCCUUCGUCACCUUCCUCUUCCUCGACUCGACGCUGUUCGUGGAGUCCCUGGGCUCACUAGCGCUUCUCUUCGAGGCCAUGCUCGGCCUGCCCCAGCUGCUGCAGAACUUCCAGAACCGCUCCACCCGGGGCAUGAGUGUGAAGAUGGUGCUGCUUUGGAUGGCUGGAGACAUCUUCAAGACGACGUACUUCAUAAUGAAUGAGAGCCCCGUGCAGUUCUGGGUCUGUGGGCUGGUCCAGAUCCUGGUGGACGUGGCCAUCCUGCUGCAGGUGCUGUACUACGACCCGGAGACGAGGGGAAAGCUGUGAUAAAUGUACACGGCAGCCAUGCCUUAAAGGAGCAGAGACAUCACGAGAGUGUGGCCCACCUUCACAGCUGCCCGCUGAAGUGCCUGAAAGUUCAUGUUUCUAAAAAUGAUUUUAUUGUUCCUGAUGAUGUAUUAUAACUGUAUCCCUUUAUUCCUAAAUGGCCAAUGAGCAAGAUCCAGAAGGUGUCCAGUAUGUGGUAAACAUAAAGAAAUAUGUUGUGUACUCAGUAAGAUUACGCUAACGCAAAUAGUCAUGUGACUGUGUCGCAAAAAGCCUUGCAAUAUAAUAACAAUCGGAUUUAUAUAGAAAAUAAAUUGUAUAUUCGAAAUUGUAUAUUCAAAAUUUUUCAGUGAAUGUUCAUCCAGUGCAGGAACCUUUCCCAGGAAGCAUGGGGCAGUAAGUGUAGGGAUCCCAGGGUAAAAUGCCACUCCUUGGGGCAAUUAAAGUCUAAUGGCAGAGUUAUCAGUUCAGAGACUGUGUCAUUCAGCUUUGGAAGAAAAUCUGGUGAUUUUUACAUUACAUUAUUUAUUAAAAUCUGUUGAAUCUAUAAUAAA